AUGGCUACGAACGGCACGUCCAAGCUGGACUGGACAAAAUUCUACAAUGUCAUCGACGGAAAGCUCGAGACGACUAGCAAGACCAGACACAGCGUAAACCCUUCUACACUCGAGGCCAACCCUGAAGUCCCUGUUUCCACCCCCGAGGAUGUCGACAGAGCUGUGCAGGCUGCGAAGAAAGCCCAGGAGGCCUGGGCUGAGACACCGUAUGAAGAGCGCCAGAAGGCUAUCGCGAAAUUCGGUGAAGCCCUGGAGGCGCAUGCGGAGGAGUUUGCGCUGAUGCUCACCAAGGAGCAGGUCAAGUUAACGCGCAACGCGCCCGGACAGCUCCAAUUCGCACAGUUCGAGCUCGGCGAAGCCGUCAAGCAUUUCAAGGGAAUGUCCAACCUGCCCUUCCCUGAAGAGGUUCUGGACAACAACCCAGACCGCCGGGUCAUUACAAGAUACACGCCGUUGGCCUGCGGCAAGAUCGGUCCUGGCCUAGUCACCGGAAAUGCCUUCAUCCUCAAGCCCUCUCCCUUCACUCCUUACUGCGGCCUGAAGCUCGUCGAGCUUGCUCAGCAGUUUUUUCCUCCUGGUGUCUUCCAGGUGCUCAGUGGUGAUGACAACCUUGGCCCCUGGUUGACCUCCCACCCUGGUGUCGACAAGGUCAGCUUCACUGGCUCAACCGCGACCGGAAAGCGUGUGAUGGAGAGCUGCAGCAAGACCCUCAAGCGUGUUACUUUGGAGCUUGGUGGAAACGACGCAGCUGUCGUGCUUCCCGACGUAGAUGUUAAGGCUGUUGCGCCCAAGGUCUGCGUUGCUAUCAAGCGUAUCUACAUCCACGAGGCCAUUUAUGACGAGCUUGUCGCCGAAAUGGCCAACGUUGUCAAGAACCUGCCUGUCGGUGACGGUCAACAAGAAGGCACGGUCCUGGGCCCUGUUCAGAACCAAAUGCAAUUCGAACGUGUCAAGGAGCUUCUCAAGGACAUCGAGGAGCAGAAGCUCAAGAUCGCCGCCGGAUCCACGGCGCCUGCUUCCAACGGCAAGGGCUACUUCAUCACGCCCACGAUUAUCGACAACCCGCCCGACAACUCUAGGAUUGUCGUGGAGGAGCCUUUUGGUCCCGUCUUUCCCGUCCUGAAGUGGAGCGACGAGAAGGAUGUUAUUCACCGCGCCAACGACACCCUCAUGGGUCUCGGCGCUUCAGUCUGGUCCAAGGAUCUCGAGAAGGCGCAGCGCAUUGCAAAGAAGCUCAAGGCCGGCAACGUCUGGAUCAACACUCACUUGGAGCUGCAGUACAACGCGCCUUUCGGCGGUCACAAGCAGAGCGGCGUUGGAUACGAAUACGGUGCUGGCGGUCUUAAGGCGUACUGCAAUGCGCAGUCCAUGUACAUUACGAAGGCAUGA